AUAAUUUUGAUUAAAAAGUGUUUUUAUAAGGGGAUAAACACAUGAUUUGAUGGUAAUGGUCCUAUAGCUAUUAGCUAAUAGAUGUGGAUUCUACACAAGAAAUCACAACCCCACACGGUUACUCUAUAUGCAUGCACAUAUCUUUGCUUCUCAAUUUACCCAACUCCAUAUUCACAACUUUAUUUAUUCCUCCAUUUUUUUAGCUUUACAACUCACACUCGAAAAACAAAUCCGAAUUUCCGACCUCUCACCAAAUACCACUGUAAGGACGCGACAACACCACUUCGGCGGCUAAUCUUCGGUGAUUUUUCGAUCGACCCUAUUGCCUUUUAGAAUAUUUCUUUUUUAUAUCUCUAUAUAAAGAAUCCCUUUGCACCAAAUUUUCACACCAAGAAAAUCGAAAAAAAAAAAACGAUGGCUUCUUCUUCUUCUUCGUCUUCUUUUCCGGAUGUGUUUUCUUGGAUUGAAAAGCUUCCACCGAUUAUUCAAUGGAAAUCCGAAGAUUCAAAUAAUUAUUCCAUAAAUCUAUGCCCUUUAUCUUCUUCAUCUCAGCCUUCACUCAAACUCUCCAUAAACAACUUCAACGCUUCCUAUUCCACUCUCUCGAUUUUCGCAGAUUACAAUCUCCCAAUCUCACUUUGGACAUCCAAGAAAAUUUUACCAAAGUCCAAGAAAAUACUCGACAAUAACAACGAAGACGAUUCCACUCCAAUCCUCGUAUCCAAUUUCAUCGAAGAUGUCCUAAAGUACUGCUCGAACAAAUGCCCGUCUUCUCCAAAACUCCCGAGAACCGCGUAUUCCGAAAACGCCCUCAAAAGGGACAUCUUCAACUUCUCUCUCCUCACCCUAACUUUCGUCGUGUGCGUAUACGAAGCUCCAACCGAUUUACGAGCUUCUUGCCUCGAAAUACUUAAAAACGAGCUCGCAUGCGCGAAAUCCAGAGAGGUCUCCAAGGUUUUGAUGAGGCUUAUGGGCUCGAAUACCGAAGAGCAAUGGAUGCGUUCGAUGAAUCUUGCGAUCACUAAUUGGUACUCGGAAAUUGAUCCCACGACAAAUAAUAAUAAUCCCGCGGUACUCAAAACUCCCUCGUCUUUGUUUUCUUACUCGCGUUCGACACUCGGGCUUUGGAAAGUACAGCUGUACUGCCCUGUGAUUGCUAUGGAUGUUGAGAAAUCGAGCGGCCCUUCGCCGGACGAUCGUUUGAUCUUCUCUCUCAACUAUCACCAGCUUGAGGGUGUGAUUCAGCUCAACUAUAGGGUUUCUGUUCAAGAAAAGUGGAUCCAAGUUAUGGUUAACACAGAUAACAUAAGGUGUGAUGUAGUGAAGCUGCUGACAGAAAAACUUAUGAAAGAGCGUGGCACCGGAGCAUCGGAGAAGCACUUCCCGUCACGAAUAGCUCUGCAGAUAACUCCGACGACCCUCCAAUCCAACGUGAUAAGCAUCUCCGUCAGCAAAUCAUCGGAGAAUCAGCCGAGAGAGAUCGGCGUGGAGAAAGGGAUCGAGGCGUCGUUCGAGCCGCCGACGGCGAUAGGGCUCCACUUCUCCGCCGGAGAGACGGUGACGACGAGCCUGAAACCGUGGAAGUUCGAGCAGUCGGUGUACGGGAGCACGGCGAACCUGAACUGGUUCCUCCACGACAGCGGCGACGGGAGGGAGGUGUUCUCGUCGAAGCCGUCGAAGUUCGCGCUGCUGCAGCCGAAGGCGUGGUUCAAGAACCGGUACUCGAGCGCAAACCGGCCGUUCACGCGGCAGGGUGGGGUGGUGUUCGCCGGAGACGAGUACGGCGAGAGCGUGAGCUGGAAGGUUGAUAGAGGGUGCAUGGGGAGGUGUAUGGAGUGGGAGGUCAACGGCUGGAUUUGGUUGACUUAUUGGCCUAAUAAACAUCGCACUUUUUACACUGAGACUAGAAAAUUUCAGUUCAAAGAAAUUGUCACUCUUACCCUGGGUUAGCACUUAGCAUAUCACACCCACUUAAUUAGGGUUUUUAUUUAUUUAUUUAUUAUUAUUAUUGAAAUUUCAGUUUAAAUGGAAAUGCAUUGAAUUAUAAGAAGCAUUUGA